AUGACUGGCGGUAAUACCAAGAGCUUGCUCAGCUUGCCAGACGAACUUCUACGUGAGGUACUGGUACACCUCCCUGCUGGCAGAGAUGUUUGCCGUGUUGCGUCGUGCUGCCGUCGUCUCACCUCCAUAGUCGAGGAGAAUGUUGAUCUACGAUACGCCUUGGCCCUCGGGAAAAGCGGCAUGGUCGGGAACGCGAUCGCCGUGGAAUCUGCACAAGAUUGUCUGAAGAAGCUGCUGUUCCACGAGACUGCCUUGUCCACCAUUUGCUGGAAAAGCAGUAAUGCACUGCCCUUUGACGAUGAAGAGUCUCCCUUCGAGGGAACACAUCAUCGGUUUGCGGGGGGCGUUUUCGCUACAUACAACGACGGUGUUUUUCGAACCGAGCAUUUGCCAACCACCACGGCUCCCGAGAUGGUGGUCAACGAGAUGGUCAUCGACUUCCUCGACGGACCCGUUAAUGCGCUUGCAUUCGACCCCUCUCAGGAUCUCGUCGUGUUUAUCCAGGGCAAUGGCAAUAGAGUUCCGGUUGCUGCUCAUCUGCGGGCACUGACUACCCAAGUCGUCCAUCCAAAGGCUCACACGCCUCUUCUGAAAAUCUCAACGUCGUCUGCCCGCACGCAGGAAGUGGAAGCUUAUAUCCACGGGGACCUCAUUGCGCUGACUUGGUUGUCCUUGCAUAUGAUGAGGCUCUUUGUAUGGGAUUGGAAAAGUGGUGCUUGCCUGGUACAGAACAAAUCACUCGCAUACACAUGCGGCUUCUCGUUUUUGUCCGACGGCAUGUUUCUCGCGGUUUCUCCGGAACAGAACGGAGAAAUCCAGCUUUACUCCUUCCGUGAUGCGGACGGUGGACUUUAUGAAGAUCCUCGUCGUCUUGCGGUGCUCCAUCUACCCCGUUUGCAAGCCAAGGCAUCGAUCAUAAGCAUGUCGGUACAACCCUCAACAAGUCAAGCCGACCUUGGCAAGCGACGACCUUUCAGACCUGAUCUAGAAUCGGGGAUAAUCUUGUUUCGCAUAUCGUACUACGGUGCACGACAUCCCGAUGGCGAAGAGUGCGUGGUCUGCGUUCGCCGAAGCACGUUUGUCAGACGCCUUGCACAAGCGCUGAAGGAAGACUGGACCGAAUGCCGCGUCGUUGCGUGGGAUGACUGGGGACCGCGAGAGGCGCAUUUGCGCUUCUGCGACAUUGCGGUAUCGGGUGAGCGAGUGAUCAUAAAGGAUCAACGCUCCGACGACACGGAUAUGCAAGGCGUGGUGAUAUUGGACUUCAACGUGCAUCGCAUUCCGGCCGUAAUCUCUGACCCAACCCUCGACAGCGAUGGGCUCGAGUUCAUGGAUUGCUUAUCGUCUUACAAGACAGAGCGAGGCGAUGUCUUUAAGCAAGAUGUGGUCACAGAAAUACCGCACCGUAUGUUCGCGAAGGCGCCUAAUGAAGGAUUUGAUGCUGCGCUGGAAUGGAUGAUAUACGAAGAUGGAUUCAUCGGCUGUGACUUCGAGGAGGAUUGUGGACUACGGAUAUUGAGCUUCUAA